AUGCAUUUCUUACAAUGUCUUCUUUCGACCAUUUCUCUCGUCUCCACAGUCACAGCUUUUGUUCCUUAUUCAUUUAACCUCGAGGUCUCGACCGACAGGUCUGCCAGCAAUGAUGUCGCCCGCCGUUUCGUGCCAUGGAAAUUAUUGCCGGACGACUCAGACAACAAUCACGGGUCCUCUUCAAAUGGCGUCUCUUUAACGCUGGACCUCAAAAAGGUUCCUGUCCGCCGUGAUAACAAGUACAAUGUUGUCUUGGCAGAAGAACCUACAAAACCCAACACUGCCGCUCUUAACCAGGAGGGCCUCGAUUACUCUUACUUUGCUACGGUCAGGGUCGGCUCCCAAGACCAGCAGAUGUGGAUGGUUCUGGAUACGGGGGGACCGAAUACUUGGGUCUUUGGCUCAGACUGCACGACUGAGGCCUGUCAGCGACACGAAACAUUCGGUGAAGCUGCUUCAAAGUCUCUCAAGUUAUUACCGCUGAACUGGGCUGUCGGGUAUGGGACAGGAUUGGUCAGCGGCGUCCUUGGGACGGACAGUCUCUCACUUGCUGGUUUGCAUGUAAAUAUGACGUUUGGCUUGGCCAAAAAUGCUUCCACCGAUUUCGAAUCGUAUCCCGUGGAUGGUAUUCUGGGCUUGGGACGAUCGGCUAAUAGCAAUUUCAACACUCCAUCAUUCAUGGAAACCGUCGCGGCGCAGCGCCUUCUCAAAUCAAAUAUUAUCGGAUUCAGCUUCUCUCGCAACUCGGAUGGUGCCAGAGAUGGAGCGGCGAAUUUUGGCGAUGUGGAUACGACCAGGUUCACGGGUGAUAUCAUCUACACGAACACAACUGGAGACAGCAAUAACUGGAGGAUACCCUUGGACGACGCCAGUGUGAAUGGUACACCUUGUCGUUUCGCCAAUAAGACCGCCGUCAUCGACACUGGCACAUCGUACGCCAUGCUUCCCCCGAAAGACGCCACAGUGUUGCACAACCUCAUUCCGGGUGCUAUCACGACCUCACAGGGGCAGAAUUUCACCCUGCCGUGCAACUCGACGGCAGUGGUGCAAGUGAGCUUCUCGGGCCUGAGCUACAACAUCUCCCCCAAGGAUUACGUCGGACCAGCAUACGGUUCGGCGUGCUUGUCCACUAUUGUGGGACAAGCCUUGUACGGAGACGACGUGUGGCUCUUGGGCGAUGUGUUCUUGAAGAACGUCUAUUCUGUGUUCGACUAUGACAAUCAUCGGAUUGGCUUCGCAAAUCGUUCUGUUCCUAUUACAUCACCAACCACUACGGUCGCUGCAGCCGCAGACCCUUCUGCGACAGACGGAGCUGGGUCGACAUUGACUGGCUCCAUAGCGGUCCAUACUGGGAGUGCGUCUAUUGUAUCCCGAUUUGUCCACUGGCCCUUUGUUUCCGCACUUCUUUGCAUGGUGUUGGUGUAG